ACGAAUUAUUAAAAAUGAAAAUAAAUAACACUAUAAUUAAAUUAUUAAAUCAGUCUUUACUAGGAGAACAAAACUUUCCAAUUAUAUAUAAUCGAUUAAAGUUUGGAAAUAAUAUUGGGAUAUUUUGUUUAGAUUUAUAUGGUCAUUAUGGUUGUGUAAAUGCUGUUGAAUUUUCAAGAGAUGGGGGACGAUAUUUAGCAUCUGGUGGUGAUGAUAAAAGGAUAUUCAUCUGGAAUGUGAAGAAAACUUUUGCAUUAGAUGAUGAACCAUUAAUCCUAUCUGCUGCUCAUAAUAGUAAUAUAUUUUGCUUAGCAUUUGAUUCUCAAACUAGUUCAUUGUUCAGUUCUGGUAAUGAUGAACAGGUUAUUCACCAUGAUUUGAAUAAGAACACUGCAAAAAAUGUUUUUUUAUAUGAUGAUGCCAUAUAUGGCCUCUCUGUAGAUCCAUUUAAUGAUAAUAUAUUUUGUGUAGCUUGUGAAGAUGGACAAGUAUUAAUGACUGAUGCAAGGACUAUUAAAGAUUCAGUUAGAGUGGCAAGUUAUACCUCACCCUUUCAUUCUGUCAUGCAUCAUCCAAUCGAAAACAAUUAUUUAAUAACCGCCAACACUAAGGAAGGUAUUGGUUUAUGGGACAUUAGAAAACCUGGGAGCUGUUUGUUUCGUUACCGAUCUAAAAAACCAAUAAUAUUGCCCGCACUACCAAAGCUUGAUAAGGUCAACACCUUUUCCUCUUACAACAAUCAUCUAGAUGAACAAGAUGAAGAUAAUGUAAUGAGCGCCAAGUUUAAUUCUGACGGUAGCCUUGUAAUGGCACUUUUUCGAAGGCUUGGCCCUCAACUUUACCCCUCCAACCACGAUAUAUUAAAGAGGGGUCAUGGUCAUUCUUUUAAAUCUGAUGAGGUAGAUAAAGAAAAUCCUCUUAUGCCUAUUUGUAAAUUUGACCAUCCAACUUAUUACAACAGUUGUACUAUGAAAAGUGGAUGCUUUGCCGGUGAUAAGGAUCAAUAUAUCGUAUCAGGCUCGGAUGAUUUUAAUGUAUAUAUUUGGAAGAUUCCUGACGGUGUACUUUCGUUAAACUUUGAUAUUCAUGAAGCUUCCACGUACCACUUGCCUUAUUAUAUAAUGAAAGGGCACAGAUCCAUAGUUAAUCAAACAAGGUUUGAACCUAAUCAAAAUUUAUUGGUAUCAUCAGGCGUUGAAAAAAUUAUCAAGAUUUGGAGCCCGAACGCGAUAGGGUUGAAGGAUAAAACUUUACUCAAAAUUGGACCUAACGUUAAAAAUAUAUUUGCCAGUAGUGAUAAAAAAAUGUGCAAGGAUUUUGUCAUUUGUGAUAAAGAUUUUAUGGCAACAUCAUGUCAAAAAAAUGAAUCGGAUAUUAUAAUCGAUAAUAGUCAUUCUUUGGACACCGGCAUUUAUUCUGCUCUAAAUUUAGACUUGACCAAUAAUAGGGAACCUAUAUCAUUAGAGGCCGAUAAUGAAGCUGUCAAUACAAGCAAUGAAGUACACGAUGAAAAUACGCUCGGUGAAAAUGAAGCUAUAUUGAUGUACCCUAGAUCCCUUCUGACAUCUUAUGACACGGCUGAACCUAGUGUUGAGGAAGAUACCGGGAUGCUCGCUUUCUUUGAUUCACUACUUCAACACGAGCUCGAAGGUUGGGACUCCGAUUUGGGAUCAACGUCCUCUUCCUUUUCAUCCCUCAGUUCUUGUGACGAAGAAAUAUCCAUCACUUCCGCCUCCACUUCCCCGAAAUUAAAUCAGACCUAUAAUGCUAAUAAGUAUAGUUCCGAUUCAUAUAAAGCUAAUCUUACUAACAAAAGCUUUAAAAAGGAUAAUUUACCUAAUACAAAUUGCAAUUCUCCCUCACAAAUAUCGUUUUACGAAUGCACAGAGAGAGAAGAGCAUCCGCCGUCUCCUGUUAUACAACCCUCUACAUCUUCAAUCAAGAAGCCAUCCGCUUUUAAAAGGUUUUUAAAACCCCGAGGUGAAAGGGGCAACAUUUUUAAAAAGUGCAGAAAGAAUUACGAUUUUAUCAGUAGUAUUUCCCCUUCUAGUUCCUUCUCUUCUUCUUCCUUUGAUGCGAGCUCUCCAUUUGUUUCUAAUACUGUCUAUAAAAAUGACACAGAUCUGCUUGCACCAGCACUCGAAAAAAACGUUUGUUCAAAUUCGACCUUUAUCGGGCCACUUUUCAAGAUGGAAGGACAUUCCCACUAUGAUAAGCACUCUAUUGUAGAGGUUCUCUCAAUACCCGAGAAUCUCGAAAUCGAUAAAAAUAAAACAAAUCAAGGCAAGAAUCAUAGAAUCGCCAUCGGAGCCAACAAUAACAAUCGGCUUAAACGUGAAAACCCCGAUUACCGUUUGGAUGCGAUCAACGAUGGUUUUGAUUUUUACCUGACUUUUUACUCACAUUUUGAGGCAGGUUGUCGACUUUUUAAUAACGAAAAUGAUACUAAUCAACAAUACAGAAUAAGUAUUUACAAUAAUUCGGUUAACCACUUAGAAAUGCCUAAACCAAAAAAAGAGUUAUUUGAUUCAUGCACUAUCAAAAGGCCUUUGUUGGAAAUAGUUCACAAUAACGUUAAGCAGAUUAAAACAUCGGAGGAUCACAUCAACAAAAAUAAUUGUGAUAACUUUAGCAAUAAUAUAACCGUUGAUAAAACUUUUAUACUCGAAAAUAAUUCUAAAAUUGAUUGUAAUAUAAAUAAUAACCACGCUUAUAUCCCUUGGGAUUCCGAAAUCCCUCCACUUUGUCAAUCGAAAUUAUCUAAGUUGAUAUUGGAAAAGAAGGCGAAAGAAAAAAUCAAUAAAAAUCGUCCUUAUCUAACUGUUCACAGCAAACGCCGUAGAUAUGGAAAUAAUCAACAAACAAAUAAAGAAUUACCAACAAACAAUUCACAUAAAUUACUCAAUGAUAAAAAUAAAAUGGUGUCUAGUUACAAUGAAUCGGAACAUUCGGAGAGUGAGGAAUUUAAUUUCAAAAAUUAUAUAACUCGUUCGGGCGAAAAUAUAGGCCAGAUUAUAAUAGGAAAAAAUGAUAGCAUUGAUAAUUUCUCGAAGUAUAACCAAUCCCAUGAUAGUGAUGAAAAUUAUGGAAUAACUAGUCAACAACACUCACUUAAAAAUGGGAAAGAGCGCUUGUUACGGAAAAUCAAAAUGUUGAAAGCACUCGAAGAUAAGGAAUCUAAUAAUAUCAUAUUUGAACCAGAUAGUAAAUCUUAUCCAAAUAUUUCGAACACUUAACAUUUAUAUUUAAUAAUGUUAUAACUUAAACUCGUACCUUAAUUUAAAGAUAAUUUAUAAUAUAUUCAAAUAACAUUUAAUGUGUUUUAUUUAUAAAACUAUAAUUUUUUUAUUCAAAAUAUU